AUGUCAUCAAUUAAAAGAUUAUUGCCUCUUGACGGAAUAAAAGUUAUCGAGAUUGCAGGAUUAGCUCCUGCACCAUUUGCAGGGAUGGUAUUAGCAGAUUUUGGUGCAAACGUCAUCCGAGUUGAUAAAUCCACAAACAUGCAUAAUAACAUGGACAAACUUACAAGACAUAAACGAUCAAUUUCUAUAAACUUAAAAUCACCAAUUGGAAUCUCAAUCUUAAAACGAUUAAUUUACCUCGAUACUGAUAUAUUGAUUGAACCAUUUCGACCUGGUGUGAUGGAAAGGUUGGGAUUAGGACCGAAUGAAUUAUGUAAACUUAAUGAAAAGUUAAUUUAUGUUAGGUUAACCGGUUUUGGUCAAAAAGGUAGAUUUUCUAAUAUGGCGGGACAUGAUAUUAAUUAUCUUGCAGUUUCCGGUGUAUUAUCGCUUCUUGGAAGAAAGGAUGACCCUGAUUUUGCUGGUGGUGGUAUGAUGUGUGUAUUGGGUAUCUUAUUUGCAUUGAUUGAAAGAUCAAAAUCGGGAAAAGGUCAAAUCAUUGACGUUGCGAUGGUUGAUGGUGUCAAAUAUUUGGCAACUUUCCUUCAUUUAAUGAAGCUAAUGAAACAGUUGAUGACUGAACCCCGGGGAGAAAAUUUGCUUGACGGAGGUGCUCAUUUUUACGAAGUUUACGAAACCAAGGACAAUAAAUAUAUGGCCGUCGGUGCUAUUGAACCGCAAUUUUAUGCAGAAUUAUUAAAAAGAUUAGGUUUAAAUGCGAAUUACUUACCAUCCCAAUUAGAUAAUUCGAAAUGGAAUGAAAUGAAACAAUUGUUUAAAGAAAAGUUCAUGACUAAAACGCAAGAUGAAUGGAAUCAAGUAUUUUUUGGUAGUGAUGCAUGCGUUACACCCGUCUAUGAAUUAAGUGGGAAAGUACCAGAACCUGCCCCCAAGUUAUACGAAACCCCCAGUAGAUUGGCUCACAUCAAUGAAUCCUUGGAUCCCGGUAAGCAUAGUGAAGAAAUUUUAAAAGAAUCCGGUUAUAGUGAAAGUGAAAUCAAAGAAUUUUUGAUGAGAGGUAUCGUUGGUGGAUUAAAUUUUAAAAAAAGUUUAUUGUAA